CCGCUCUCCCUUGACCCACAAAACUCCAUCUAAGCCUCAUGACAUCUAACCCUUCCAUCUAGAUAACCAUCCACACCACGAGGGAUACAAAACCCGAAAUACAUUGCCAGAGAACAACGAAGCACAUGGUAUAUCAUAUAGUAUGCUACAUAGUCUAGACGAAUCGAAAAGAUCAUCACCACGAGCCAACAGCCAACCAUCCAAGGACACUCUAAAGACCUCCGCACACCCGAGUCUCACAACCGCACGAGUAAGGCCUGGAACCCAUAGACGAACAAACAAGGAGCGAGUAGCACAGACACCGGCUAGUCAGUCACGUAAUGGAUCAGUACGUAGCACGUACCUACUUCGACGUCUCACACAACACAAGCAAACGGGAGAAAGGACCUCAUUAUCUGCGUAGACAACCAUACUCCAUUCCAUCCCAUCCCAUCCCAUACCUAAUAUAACCCGUCGCACAAACAUCCCUACUUCCUGCUUCCCCUC